AUGCCUCGCAUCGAGGUAUCACAGGCCUCAUACCCCGCUGUACGGUUUCUGCCUCCCAUGGAAGGCGACGCGACAAGAGUCUUCAUAUGCUACAUGUUGUACAUGAGCUGGUUCCUGAUUGGCGAUCCGCCGCCCACCCCACUGGGGACAACUAUCUGCUUUGCUGGAGACGUGUUGGACUUCAAGCAAAUUCACCCUCCUCGUGCACUCCUACCAGUCGAUCGCGAGACGCCAACUUCGAUGCUGUUCGUGCAGCUCUCUGAUGAAACCUAUGCGGUUGUUAUUCACCCGAACAACCAGCUGGUAGGCAGUCCAAGCAUGCUCCUGAGCGACGCGACUGCAGUGGCAGCGAAUGAGCAACUUCUGAUUGUUGCCUGGAGCCAUGUCGUUCAAGGCCAGCUGCGGUGGUACCAGGUGAAGUUGCGCGAUCGCGUCGAUUUCUGGGCGGUGAUCCAGUGCUUCCACCAGCGAGCGGAAGAAGUCGGCCAGGACUUCGACCCCGGAGUCAUGGAUGAGCUCGCGACUAUUGAACACCGUUUUGACGCGAUCAUGGACUAUGGUGCCUUUGAGGAUGACUGGACCGCGUUCGACGCGGUCAUAUUCGUGCAGCUCGUCCUCCUCGUGGUCGUGACCCAGCACACCCAACAACCGUUCGCGACACGCAUCCGUGCCUCAAUACACGAAGCCCUCCUCGUUGCCUCCGUCGUCGCGCGCCGCGUAGUCUUCCGGAUGGUCGUUCUGCACCUCUCCAUCCUCGCCGUCCGAGAAGCCAAGCCCACCGUGCUUUCGUGA